GUAUUGAAAAGAGCAAGAACAAGCACACCAUGUAUGAAUAUCAGAUUUUGGGUACCUCCCGUCACAACAUACAGAACCUAGUUUAUUUUAACAAACAUCAAAUGUAUGAACAUUUAUAAAAGAUGAUUACUGGUUUAAAUAGUUAUUCUAUGUUGUCUAAUGGUAGAAUUGUUAAAUUUAAUUCUCCAUCUUACUUCGGAACCACCAUUCUCUCAUUUUUCAGCAGUUUAUGCUGAACUCGUAUUUUUUCAACUUCAUAUUUCGGGGUCAACUUUACAGACAGAAAGAGGGUAUAGCAUUGGGCUCACCAGUUUCUCCGAUUGUAGCGAAUUUAUUCAUGCAUUACCUAGAAAGUAGUGCAAUCGCAAAGAGUUUAUGUCCACCAAGGUUAUGGUUAAGGUAUGUAGACGAUAUUUUUAUUAUCAAUAAACGGGAUGGUAUGGAAGAACUAUUUAACAAUGCAAACAGCAUUUCUGAAAACAUUAAACUAACUAAGGAAUUAGAAUCAGUUGACCACAAACUAGCAUUUCUAGAUUGUUUGGUUGAACGUCGACACAAUAAUAAGAAGUUAAAAAUAAAUGUUUAUAGAAAAUCAACACAUUCCGAGAGAUACUUGGAUUUUAAUUCAGCCCAUUCACAGAGCACGAAAAUUAAUGUAGUGAAAAAUCUAAUGAACAGAAGUACUAAGAUUGUUACAGACAAGGAAGACCAAAGAACCGAAUUAAAUAAAGUAUUAUCUACUCUUAGGGAUAACAACUACCCAAAAAAGUUUUUAAAGAAGAUUAUUAAAAAUGAAAGAAAACCUAAACUAGAAAGUAUACGAAAAGAAUGGAAGUACACCGUAGUCAUACCUUACCGUAGUGAAACAUCAGAAGAAAUCAAACGGAUUCUAAACAAACAUGAUAUAAGAGUGUAUUUUAGAGCAAAUAACACAUUAAGAUCGACAUUAGUGAAAGUUAAGGACAAAUUAGCAAAGGAAGAACAACAGAACAUUGUGUAUGAGAUUCGCUGUCAUGACUGUAAUGCUACCUAUGUUGGAGAAACAUCCAGGCAACUGAAUGUAAGGUUGAAGGAACACAAACAAUGCUUGAAAAUGUUCCAAAAUCCUCGGUCGAUUUAAAGAAACUUGAAAAUAAGUCAGCGAUAGCGUUACAUGCGUUAGAAACAGGGCACAAGAUUAAUUUCGAAGGGACCAAAAUACUUCAGAAAGGUUUUAACACCCAUAAAGAAAGAUUGACAGCAGAAGCGCUGCAUAUAUAGGCGAACAAGAACAGCCUGAACCGAAAAGAUGGUAUUCAACUGGCAACUACAUGGCAAAUUUCGUUUGACAAGUAAAUUUGGAACCUAUCUCUUGUUUAAACCUGUUUUUUAAUAUCACAUGCAUCGUUAUUAUUUUUGGAAUGAAUUCAAUGAGUUUUUGAUACAAUACAAUUUAUGUUUUGACAUGUACAUCGAUGUUUCAUUAUCAAAAAAAUUUUUUCCACCUUGAACUUGAACUUUAUUUAUUUAUUUAUUCCUUCAUAUCAAUCUCUUACACAUACAUACAUACCUGCACACUCACAC